AUGGAUAUCCCAAAGGACCAUCGUAAGGAGGUGGCGGUUCGAGCGGGUACGGUGACUGCCCGUUCUCGUCGGCAGCAUCGUAAGGGGGUGGAGGCCCGAACGGAUGUCCGUGAUCCUGCAUGUGUCUCCUUCCAUCAUCAGCUCUCCUACCGUGUCUUCCGCCAUUAUCGUUUGUCUGGUCGCCAUAGUAACCCCUUCUUCCGCCUCUUCCUCCCCCACCACCGCCUGCUGCAUAUGAGGGUGGUUCGCUGUAUCCUGGGGGAGAAGGCCGAUGAUAGUCAUCUCUUCGACGUCCUCUACCAUCUCGCUGUCCAUCAGGAAGAGGAUAUCGCUCUUGAUCACGGCCUGAGCGUGAUAGACUGCGCAUUGAAAAAGGAGGAAAAUAACGACGGUAGUGGCCACGGUAGUAGCCACGGCAGCUGA